AUGGAAGAUGAAAUACCAGAGCUAGUGACAGAUUUACCAACAAAUGGGAUAAUUAGGACUGAAAAAAUCACCACUACUUCAUAUGAACCUGUAUCUCUGACACCUACAAAGGUAAAUAAGAAGAUACCCAUCACAAUAGUUACAGGAUACUUAGGGUCAGGAAAAUCAACUUUAUUAAAACAAAUUGGAUUAAAGUCGAAGAAAAGACUAGCAAUUAUCUUAAAUGAAUUUGGAGAUUCGUCUGUAAUUGAAAAGUCAGUAACUAUACAAGAUAAGAACGAUAGUGUUGAAGAAUGGUUGGAUAUAGGAAAUGGUUGUUUAUGCUGUACAGUAAAGGAUAAUGGAGUUACAGCUAUUGAAAAUCUUGUUGAAAAUUCUAAAGAGAAAAUAGAUUACAUAUUAUUAGAAACUACAGGGAUUGCAGAUCCUGCUCCAAUUGCUCAGAUGUUUUGGUUGGACGAUGGUCUUGCAUCUAAUAUUUAUAUUGAUGGUGUUGUUACAGUUGUUGAUUCGGAGAAUAUUUUGAAAUGUUUGGAUGAUGUUGGUGGUCAUUGGCAUAAAGAACAUGAUUUGGAGCAAGUAGAAGAUGGUAUAACGACUGCUCAUUUGCAAAUUGCUUUAGCAGAUACCAUUUUACUAAAUAAGUCUGACAAGAUCGAAAGCUCAGAUGAAAUAAAACGACGAAUAGAGAGUAUAAAUCAAACAGCCCCAAUUUAUGCAACUAGCUUUGGUGACAUUGAUUUAGAUAAAAUUUUGGAUUUACAUGCAUUUGAUUUCAAUACAAAACUAAUAAAUAAAAAUGCCAGUUUUCAUGAUAAUAGAAUCACAACAAUCGCAAUAGAUUUUCCUUUUUUUAAUGAUGCAUCAGGGUUUAAAAAGGUAGAAAAUUUUAUUCAAUAUCUUUUAUGGGAAAAGGAAGGAAUUGAAAUUCAUAGGUUGAAAGGUCUACUAGUUUAUAAAAAUGAUGUGCGAGUUGUGCAAGGUGUUAGAGAUACUUACGAAAUUAUUGAAAAUGGUACAUUGAUAGAGGGAGUUGAAGGUAAUAAAUUGGUUUUUAUAGGGAAAGAUCUAGACAGGGAGGAGUUGUCAAUAGAGUUGCAUAGAUUUCUCGAUGAUAAUAUAUAA